AUGGAGGCGAAGCUGCCGGGAGCUGCCACUCUCCUCUGCCUGGUGGAUGUUCUCCAUGCCUUUGCGAUCGAAGAGAAAGGAGAUGUGUUCAAGAGAAUGGCUUGUCCUUCUUUCCUGAUGUUUGACAACGCCGCUUAUUUGGCUGACAUGACCUUUGAGCUCCCUUGCAACUGCAAGCCCGAAGAGGUCUCUUCUGUCGUCUGGUACUUCCAGAAGGACAUGGGCAGCCACAAAACCACGGUCCUGACGGACUUUGCCGGCACCGUGGUUGUUGACUCGGGCCACAUUCGCACGGGCAGCAAUGUGCUGAAGCGUUUCAGUAUCCGGAUGUUCAGUCUCAUCGUCUUCCGAGCCCAGGUGACGGACUCGGGACACUACCUGUGCGGCACUAAGCAAGGGGACUUCUUUUAUGCCUACGACGUGGACGUGCAGCCCACCAAGGACAUCACGGUGGCUUUUGUGGACAGAGGCCAGCACGUGCAGGAUGACUACACGAAGAAGCUCUUCAGCCUCUUCACCACCUUCUGGGACUGGACCAGGUGUGACCGCUGUGGAGUGAGGGGCGAGCAGCGGCGCAUCGGGCUCUGCUACGUGCAGAGCGCCCAGCUGCACCCCCGAUACCGCACGGCUGUGCCCAACGUCACGUCCUGCGGCUCAAGGGCUGUCCCUGCGCGCUUCCAGCACCCCGUCCACCUCCGGACACCUGAGGUGGCCAUCCGAAGUUGCCUAACCCCUUGCCUGAAGGAGAAGGCCCCCGAGGAAGGCGUGCUGUCCAUCUCCAACGUCAUUGCCAAGCUGGGCGAGAAGCCCUGGCUGCCCCGCGUCCCCGUGCAGUUUCACCAGCAGGCCGUUGGAAGCCGCCUGAUCAUCGCGUGCCCAGGAGCCCGGCCUGAGCACGCCGUGGCCUGGGACAAGGACUUCGUCCGGCUCUACCGCUCCCGCUACCUCGUCGGCGUCACCAAGAGCACGCGGGUCUUCAUCGACCACGGAAACCACCUGCACAUCCAGCGGGUCCGGAUCAGAGACAGAGGCACCUACUACUGCUGGCGGGAGGGCGAGAUGGUGGCCGGCUUCCGGCUCAGCGUGGCACGGGAGCAGCGGCGCCGGCGGGUGCUGGGGGACCCUGAGACAAUCUACGCCCUCAAGAUCAUCGGCGUGAGCUACGCCGUCAUCAGCAUCAUCUUCCUCACCACCCACGUGGGCCGCUGCUGCUGGCGGGUGUUCGGGGGCUCUGCCAGGACGUAG